CUCACAUAGUGGCUUUCUAGCCAUUGUUUCCUCAAGUCUGAUGAACAUCGCUUCCGUUUUCUCCAAAACCAGACGAAGGCAAAAUCUAUCCAAUCCCUAAACCGUCACAUUUUGGCGCCAAUUUCAUCUUCCUCAUCAUGGCCACCGAUUCCAGCGGAGUCACAAUCUCCGGCAAUUUCUCAAAUGGCGAGAACGCAGAAACCCUAAACCUCGACACUACAGAACUCUACUCAUCAGCAAUAUCCUCCGUCUCUACACAAUCUCCCCCACCGAAACCACCGUUCUCAUCUCUUUCAAUCCCUCAAUCAAAACGAAUCCCUAAAACUAACUUCAUCGUCGAUCUCUUCCGCUUCCCACAACAUUCCUCCACCUCCGUCGCUUUCUUCCUCUCACAUUUCCAUUCCGAUCACUAUUCCGGUCUCUCCUCUACUUGGUCUAAAGGAAUUAUCUUCUGCUCACACAAAACCGCUCGUCUCGUCGAAGAAAUCCUUCAAGUUCCUUCACAAUUCGUCUUCGCUUUACCUAUGAACCAAAUGGUUAUGAUCGAUGGCUCUGAAGUUGUGUUGAUUGAAGCAAAUCACUGUCCAGGAGCGGUACAGUUUUUGUUUAAAGUCAAAUUAGAGAACGGUGGAUUUGAGAGGUAUGUUCAUACUGGAGAUUUCAGAUUCUGUGAUGAGAUGAGAUUUGAUUCGUUUCUUAGUGGUUUUAUUGGAUGUGAUGGUGUUUUUCUGGAUACUACUUAUUGUAAUCCUAAGUUUGUUUUUCCGACGCAAGAGGAAUCUGUUGGUUAUGUUGUUAGUGUGAUAGAUAAGAUUGAUGGUGAGUGUGUGGAGACGAAGAAGAAGGUUUUGUUUCUUGUUGCUACUUAUGUUAUUGGUAAAGAGAAGAUUUUGGUUGAGAUUGCUAGGAGAUGUAAGAGGAAAAUUGUUGUGGAUCUCAGGAAGAUGUCGAUUUUGGGGAUUUUGGGGUGUGGGGAGAGUGGAAUGUUUACGGAGGAUGUGAAUGAGAGUGAUGUUCAUGUUGUGGGGUGGAAUGUGUUGGGAGAGACUUGGCCGUAUUUUCGGCCGAAUUUUGUGAAGAUGAAUGAGAUUAUGGUCGAGAAAGGGUAUGAUAAGGUUGUAGGUUUUGUGCCUACAGGGUGGACUUAUGAAGUGAAGCGGAAUAAGUUUGCGGUUAGGUUUAAAGAUUCGAUGGAGAUUCAUCUUGUACCGUAUAGUGAGCAUUCAAACUAUGAUGAGCUUAGAGAGUACAUAAAGUUCUUGAAACCUAAAAGAGUUAUUCCUACAGUUGGAGUUGAUAUCGAGAAGCUUGAUAGCAAGGAGGUUAAUAAGAUGCAGAAACAUUUUUCUGGAUUGGUAGAUGAAAUGGCAAACAAGAAAGAUUUUUUAUUGGGUUUCUAUUGCCAGUCUUACCAGAAGAAUGAGAAAAAUGACGUAGAUGUUGUGUCAGGCUUGGCUGAGGUCUACGCAGGGGACGAUAAAAAUGCAUGUGAAGACGGUGGAGAUAAUGUUCCAUCAUCUAGAGGACCCUUAUUGCAUGAUACAGCUCCAAGUAGUGAUUCUUCGGUGACCGAAAGAUUGCUUGUAGAACUACGUGAUUCUUUGCCUGCUUGGGUCACUGAAGAGCAGAUGUUAAAUCUGAUUAAGAAGCAUGCUGGUAAUCCCGUGGAAAUAGUUAGUAACUUUUAUGAAUGUGAAGCAGAGCUUUACAAGCAAUCCUCUCUUCCCACGCUUUCCUUGGAAAAUCAGCCUGUUUUGUUUGAUGACGAUGUAACAGACUUGCAACCAAAUCCUGUGAAGAGCACUUGUCCAGAUGUUCAAGCAGUUCAAGAAGGUUUUGACUUACCAAAAAAAAUGAAUUUAACAAAGGGUACUAUUUCUCCUGGGAAAAGAGGCAAAAGCUCGGGCAGUAAAUCAAACAAGAAGGCCAAGAAAGAUCCAAAAUCAAGACCAGUUAGUCCAAGGCAGCCAACCAUUUUUAAGUUCUUCAAUAAGGUCUUGGAUAGUGGAUCUAAUUCUGUUGGUGUUGGAUCAGAGACUGAAGAGUGUAAUACAGAUAAAAAGAUGGUCCACAAUGAUGCUACAGAAGCAUACAAAGAAGUGACAGAUCAAUUUAUUGAUAUUGUUAAUGGCUCUGAAUCUCUAAGAGAUUAUGCUGCUUCCAUCAUUGAUGAGGCUAAAGGAGAUAUAAAUAGGGCACUGAACAUCUAUUACAGUAACCCCAUACCUGGUGAGGGAGGACUCUCCAGCAAAUCAAUUCAGUUUUCGCAUUGUCCAGAAGCGUGCUCCUCUCAGGAGGGGAAAAAGGCGUCAGAAAAGUCAGGACAUGCAGUCAACAUAUGUGUGCAGUCAUCAGCAGAGGAAAUUGUGGACAAAAAUUAUGUAUCUCUACCUCCUGAACAAUAUAAACCUAAAGAGCACGCCUGUUGGAGGGAUGGACAGCCUGCUCCAUAUAUCCACCUAGUCCGAACAUUUGCUUCUGUUGAAAGUGAAAAGGGAAAGAUCAAAGCUAUGUCUAUGCUUUGCAACAUGUUUAGAAGCUUGUUGGCUCUCUCUCCAGAAGAUGUUCUGCCCGCUGUUUAUCUUUGCACAAAUAAGAUUUCGGCUGACCAUGAGAAUAUUGAUCUUAACAUUGGUGGAAGUCUAAUCUCUUCUGCAUUGGAAGAAGCAUGUGGAAUAAGUCGGCCUACUGUGAGGGAUAUGUAUAAUAGCACCGGAGAUCUUGGAGAUGUUGCGCAGCUAUGUCGACAAACGCAAAAGCUACUGGUUCCUCCACCUCCACUUCUAAUCAGAGAUGUGUUUUCAACUCUACGAAAGAUAAGUGUGCAGUCAGGUACUGGAAGUACUAGGCAAAAGAAAAACCUUAUCGUGAAGCUAAUGCGCUCUUGUAGAGAGAAAGAGAUCAAAUUUCUUGUAAGAACAUUGGUCCGUAAUUUAAGGAUUGGCGCUAUGUUGAGAACUGUUCUUCCUGCACUUGGGCGAGCAAUCGUUAUGAAUUCUUUUUGGAGUUGCCAUAACAAAGAACUGUCAGAAAACUGUUUCAGGGAGAAACUUGAGGGAGUUUCUGCUGCAGUAGUUGAGGCUUACAAUAUACUUCCUUCUCUGGACGUGGUUGUUCCUUCUCUCAUGGACAAAGACAUUGAGUUUUCAACGUCAACUCUAUCAAUGGUUCCAGGGAUACCUAUAAAACCCAUGCUUGCUAAAAUUGCUAAGGGCGUCGAAGAAUUUUUUGAGCUCUUCCAAGACAAGGCGUUUACUUGUGAAUACAAAUAUGAUGGUCAGCGUGCCCAGAUCCAUAAGUUACUUGAUGGUACUGUGCGUAUCUUCUCUCGGAAUGGGGACGAAACAACAGCGAGAUUUCCGGAUCUUGUUGAUGUCAUAAAACAGUUUUCUUGCCCUGUAGCGGAGACAUUCAUGUUGGACGCAGAGGUGGUUGCAAUUGAUAGAAAAAAUGGAAGCAAAUUCAUGUCAUUCCAAGAGUUAUCAACAAGAGAGAGAGGGAGCAAAGAUGCUUUGGUAACUACCGAAAGUAUUAAGGUUGAAGUCUGCGUCUUUGUGUUUGAUAUUAUGUUCGGCAAUGGAGAACAGCUGUUGGCUCUUCCUCUCCGUGAGAGAAGAAGACGUCUAAAGGAGGUCUUCCCUGAGAUUAGGCCAGGUUAUCUUGAAUAUGCUAAGGAAAUUACAGUGGAAGCAGAAGAAGCUUCUUUGAAUAAUCAGGACACUUUGAGUAGAAUAAAUGCUUUUUUGGGAGAGGCAUUUCAGUCAUCUUGCGAAGGAAUCAUGGUUAAGUCUUUAGAUAUUGAUGCAGGAUACUUCCCCACAAAGCGUUAUGAUUCAUGGCUCAAGGUUAAGCGAGAUUAUGUAGAUGGAUUGGGCGACACAUUAGAUUUAGUUCCUAUAGGUGCUUGGCAUGGCAACGGGAGAAAAGCGGGAUGGUAUAGUCCACUCCUUAUGGCCUGCUUCAACCCUGAGACUGAGGAAUUCCAGAGUGUCUGCCGUGUCAUGUCUGGGUUUUCUGAUGCCUUUUACAUCGAGAUGAAAGAACUCUACUCAGGGGAUAAGAUCCUUACGAAAAAGCCGCCUUACUACAGAACAGGGGAAACACCUGACAUGUGGUUUUCCACAGAGGUUGUUUGGGAAAUCAGAGGUGCAGAUUUCACGGUCUCGCCUGUUCACAGUGCCGCUUUAGGUCUCGUCCAUCCAUCCCGAGGUAUCUCCGUUAGGUUUCCGAGAUUUAUUCGUAAAGUAACAGACAGAAAUCCGGAGGAAUGCAGCACGGCUGCAGAUAUCGCAGAGAUGUUUCAUGCUCAAACCAGAAAAUUGAACAUCACCUCUCAACAUUAACAUGCUUCCUAUCUGCUUUUGGUUCGUUUUGGCUAUUAAGCACUUAAAACAAAAUCUUGUGACCUGUGAGUAAUUGCCAAUGUUUUUGUGGUUUUUAAUCGCUUUGUAAACUUACGUGUAAAUAUUUCUACUUAAAACCACGUAAAUAUUUAGCCAGUCUCUAUAUAACACUUUUUCUUUUUUGAUGUCGUAAA